AUGUUUGGCUUCAAGGAAAACAUCGCAUACGGAACCCAGGGGUUUCCAAACGAUCCCAUAUUCACUCGACUUAGCCGACUCUCCCAAGAGAGACCUGGUUCCAUAAUCCACGAUGAAUAUGGAAUCAAUGCGAGUUACAAAGACUUGAUCAGCGAUGUCAUGCAUUUCCGUCAAGUCAUACGAGAGCAGCUCCCAGCCACCUUAUUUGACGACAAAGGUCUCCUACGGAAAGAGGCGGCAUCUAUAGCAUUUCUGGCGUUCAGCGGAUACCACCAUCUUGUGUGCUUUUUCACUAUUGUGGCUCUAGGUGGUAUUUGUGUCCCUUUGGCGACGACAAUUAAAGAAGAGGAAGCACUAUACUUUCUGAAUAAAACCGACGCAACUUGUGUCCUGUCGGACACGGGUUCUUACGACAAGGCAGUCGCGAUUCAGAGGUAUGCCGAAAACCGGGCCGCCCAAAAGAUCAGUAUCGUUCCGAUCUCAAGAGCGGGACCAGAGUCAAGCCCCUGGUCCAGAUUGGAAAUUGAUGAAGAGUUGACUUUGCCUCCAACCACUGCUUGCCUGGUUAUUUUUACAUCUGGCACAACCAGCUUGCCGAAAGGCGUCCUUCUCCCCCGCCAACUCUUCUAUUAUACCGAGGAACCAACUCACCCAGCCAGCCUUUACCUGGGUUCCAGUCCUAAGCAUUGGGUAGGAGGCGCAACGGGCCCCGUGUCUAGUGUGCUUAAUGGUGAGCAACUACACCUCAUGAAAGAUGGAUCCGGGCCGGCACGUGUUUGGGAGAUUUUAAGUGAGGGCAAAGUCACGGAAAUGAGCCUGUCUCCGACUCUUUUUAGGGGCUUGAGGGAAUACUAUAUGGACAAUAUCCGUGAUCUACCCUCUGAGUGUCGACAGAAGUACGUUGACGGAGCUAAAUGUCUAGAAACUGCGUUCACAAGUGGUUCGGUACUCAGUCCUUCGGUACGGAAGUUCUUUACAGACCUGACCAAAGUGCCCAUUAUUAAUGCAUAUGGGCUCACUGAGAUGGGUGGUGGCGUAAUGGCCACUUCAGCAGGUUUGGAGUUUAUGAAUGGGUGUAUCGGAAGGCCUUUUCCAGGGGUUGUGGUCAAGCUGUCUGAAGGUGACCAUGGAGAGAUUCUCCUGAAAAGUCCGUCUAUGUUCAUUGGAUAUAUUAAGGACAAAGCUGCUACACACGCUGCGUUUGACCAUGAAGGGUUCUACAAAACCGGUGACCGUGCUCACCGUGUUGGGGAAGAUUACUUUUUUGAUGGCCGGAUAUCGUGCGAUUGGGUUAAAAUCCAGGAGCAUAUGGUUUCAGUUCUAGAUCUCGAGCAGCAUCUCUUGGAUCUCCCAUACGUAUCUGAAGCCUAUGUACUCCCAAUCUUGGACCAUGAAUCUGGCGGACAGCUGGCUGCCCUUAUCCGACUUCCAAAGCAAGAAAGGCUUGGAGAGUCAGGCAGUAUCAACCUUCGAAUGAUAAGGGGAGACCUCACCGCUCGAGGUCUGGUCCCAUACAGACUACCGACAAUGCUACGGAUCCUCCAUGAAGAGGAACAAGUCCCCCAGACCGCUUCGGACAAGGUGUUGAAAAAGGAAUGUCUCCGAAAAUACUUCAACAUAUUCGCCGGCUCGCCAUAUCAGUAUCCUGCGGAAGGUGUGGAAUACUGGGGAAUUAAACUCAAAUAG